AUGGGAAACGGUCAUUAUGGAAGAGCAGCGGAGCUCCUUGAGCAGGUGUUCAGGAUAGAUGAGGAAACGCUAGCAUCGGAAGACCCUGAUCGUUUGGCAUCGCAGCACAAGCUUGCUGAAGCUUAUAUUGGUAUGGGAAACGGUCAUUAUGGAAGAGCAGCGGAGCUCCUUGAGCAGGUGUUCAGGAUAGAGGAGAAUAUUCUGGCACCGGACGACUCUAAUCGUAUUAUUUCGCAGCAAUUGCUCGAAGAAGUCCGUAGGCGUAUUGAGGCUGAGAACGAUGCUGAAUCCGCGUCUGCAUCUGGAGAGACGACUUGA